AUGGCGGAGAAGUUCGGCUUCAACUUUGAGUGCGAGGUUCGAAGAAGAGGAUAUUAUCCGAGAGGAGGCGGCGAGGUCCAAAUGACCACAAAUCCGGUGAAAAGUCUUCACGGCGUUGAGAUGUUGGACAGAGGAAAUAUCAGUCACAUCGCCGGCUUCGCUUGGUGUGCCGGUACGCUUCCGGUGAAGUUUAAGGUAGCCAGGGCGAUGGCCGACGGUGCGAGGUCGGUCCUUCACCAGAGGCUCGGCCACUUGCCGAUCGAAAUUAACUCCGUGCUAGUGCCGUCAACGAUUUCCGUUGGAACGGCUACUGGCAUCGUCUUGAAAGCUAACUCUGAAAAUGGAUGCAUACUUGGAAGCGACCUGAUGGGCAAAAAGGGUAAUAUUUUAUACCUCGAUCCAGAUGAAUGA